AGCGAACUAAGACGACUAAAACCAGGUAGUUAGCAACCUUUAGUGCGUUAAUCCCGGUCUCUCACCACCAAAAACUACAGCCUGAGCCUCACAAGUCUUCUUCAUCUUCCGCCGCCUCCUCCUCUUCCUCUUUUUCUCAGAAACCAAUUUCCUUGUGCGUUUGUUGUCUUGGGUUUGUACGUCUCUGCAAUAAUAUCUCUAUCUCGCCAUAAAGAACCUGGAUUGUCCUCUCGUCAUCUCAAAUCCGGUGCUUUGAAAGCUAUUCGACAAUCCUGGGACCAAUCAACCCCACCACAUCCCAGUCCUCCGGAUCCCUCUGUGGACUCUCAAUAUCCAGUCGCCCGCCAACAUGUUUACUCUCUCCAGUGUUUGCAAUGUUGCAUUAUUGUCUCUACCUUUAAUUUCGUGCGUCCUAUCGCACCCGACUGCAGAGACUACUGAAGGUGUGGCCUCAAUACUGACCAGUGUUGAUGCCACAAAGCAAGCUUUCCAAGACUUGUUGAACGAUCUGCCAGAAGAAAGUCUGCUUGCUGCAGUUCAGAACCGUUUCUAUCCCAAAUUCAAGGAUGGCAGCUUCGAGCUCAGCCGUGAGGCCAUGGAGAGUGUUCAUCACGAGAACCCGCCUCUCGCUACUCAGGUCAUGUCAGCAGCCUUGAGAUUGGAAUUGGUCAAGAGACAAGGCGGUGGAAACCAGACUGCUACGAGUGACACCGCCUCCGUCGCAACUUCAGCUCCCGAGGACACUCCAUCCGUUGCCGAUACUCCUACACCCACUCCCACGCCUACACCCACAAGCGAGCGAAACACACCCUCAGCUACUCCCACUGCCGAAACCAGCGAGAUGCGGACUUCUCCAAGCAGUGAGGCUCCACCACCAACCUCAGCACAAUCAUCUGCAGCUCCAACGUCGGAUCCUACCAUUAUUGUGCCCGUCACUCGCACCAACUCCGCUGGCAACACCUUCAUAAGCUCCAUACUCCAGCCGGGCGGUGUAGUCACCACGACCAACUCUCAAGGCUCACAAGUCGUUAUGACUACUCCCAGACCAACCACUCCUCGCGCCGUCACCAUGACCGACGAGCAAGGCUCUACUUUCGUGACAACAAUCACCCCUUCUGGACGUCUCAUCACCUCUCUUGUCACUCUCACCCAAGCCAACGCUCAAGGAACGGUCGAAGUUAUCACCAGCAUCGAGAUUAUCGAAGCUACUGAUGCCAGUCCGGAGCCCACUGGCUCUGAAGUGAGUGAGCCUGAGCCUUCCGCGAGUCUACAAUCAGAAGGCGGAGGAUACGCCUGGGUCGCCAACCCAACCGCCCUGGCAGCAGGGGUCGUAGGUGUCGCCGCGCUCAUGCUAUAAACCACGCCGCACACCACGCCACGCUUGUGGAUUCUUGUACAAAUUUACUUAAAAAGCUACUCAGCUGUCUGAAGAACAGACAUGGCCUGCAGAAAGGUUUAGCAUUGCAUACAGAUCGCUUAGCGUCACGACUCUCCUUUUUGUCUCCAUGACACGACUUUCCUUUUUGGUCUGCAUGACACGUCUCUCCUUUAACGUACAUC